AUGGCUACUUUCAGACUCUUUUCAGUACUCUUAUUGAGCAUUGCUAGUCUGGUGCUUGCAGCUCCUGUUGCUGUCGAGACUGACUACGAUGUGAUCGUUAUAGGAGGUGGCCCUGCCGGCCUGAGUGCUACGAGCGGUCUCUCCAGAGUGCAGAGGAGGACAUUGAUGUUAGACUCGGGCAUCUAUCGCAAUGAUCCUACAAGACAUAUGCACGACGUGAUCGGAAAUGAUGGCACUGUUCCGGCGGUCUUUAGAGCCCUCGCUCGGGACCAAAUCUCGCGAUACAAUGCAACCACCACCAUGCGCAAUGCAACUGUCACAUCUCUGGAGUCCAUCAACAACGGGUCGUACUACAGAGCGGCCGACUCCGACGGCGAGGAAUAUACCGCUCGCAGGAUUGUCCUGGGUACUGGAAUGAAAGAUAUACUCCCCAUUACUCCCGGCGUUGUUGAGGGAUGGGGUAAGGGUAUUUACUGGUGUCCCUGGUGCGAUGGAUACGAGCACCGUGGUCAGUCAUUUGGCAUACUGGGUAAUCUGAGCGAUGUCAUGGGCAGCGUGAUCGAAGUCUGGACUCUGAAUCAGGACAUCAUUGCUUUCGUCAAUGGCACGAACACCCCCGAACAACAAGCAGCACUAGCCGCCAAAUACCCCAACUGGGAGGCGCAGUUGCAAGCAUACAAUGUGACGAUCAACAACGAGACUAUUGUAUCUAUUGACCGUCUUCAGGAUGGCAGUACGAACAAUGACCCCGCUCAAGACUUGGAAUUUGACCUUUUCCGUGUCAAUCUUACAGAUGGUUCCAGCAUUGAGCGGGCAGCCUUUAUCACGAACUUUCCAGACGACCAGCAAUCCACGCUACCAAGAGCUCUUAAUCUGACAAUGGACGGAACGAAGAUCAAAGUCGGAACAAACAUGAAAUCUAGCGACAACGGCAUUUACGCCAUUGGGGAUGCUAAUAAUGACGGAGCGACUAAUGUGCCGCAUGCCAUGUUUAGCGGAAAGCGCGCUGCGGUCUAUAUCCACGUCGAACUCGGUCGCAUAGAUUCACUGGCAGCCAUUGGGAAGAGAGGGUUGUCUGCAAGGGAGCUUGAGGAGGAGGCAAAUCAGCUUAUUGGCGAUGACUUGGAGCAUCUAUGGAAAAGAGCUCAGGAAAGCGUCUAG